AUGGUCGCUUGCUUUCAUUAUGCCUCAAUUGAUGUUCACUCAGUCUACCUUCCUCCCUCCAAACUUGAUUUUAAGUAUGAGAGUCAGGAGUGGAUACAAAAGGAGCUUAAUGAGGUGGUUUGCCGGGCAGAGCUUUUAUUUUCUGAAGUACAAAAUGCUCUCUGUCAGAUGGUGGAGAAAAGAUCUGGCACAUUCCCAUCGAAUAGUGGCAUUAACACACCCGGAUCAAGACACCAGAUAGCAGUUUUGGAAGCGAUGCUACAAAAGGAAAAGGCAGAAUUUGAGGAAUCACUUCAGAAAAUUCUGAACAAGGAGGCGAAAAAGGGCCAACCUGCUAUUGAUAUUCUUGAGAUUAAUCGACUUCGAAGACAGUUACUCUUUCAAUCUUAUAUGUGGGACCAUCGCUUGAUUCACUCAACCAAGUUAAAUAGUAACUACCUUCUUGGAAAUCCAUGUGGGUCCAAUCCAGAACUUGUAGAGAAACCCCUCUCUGCUUAUGGGAAGCUCAUUGAUAUUCCUGUUAAACCAGGCAAAGAUCUGGGUGGUUGUGACUCUGUUCUUUUGGAUGCAAAGAUCAAGGAAAGUCAUGAUGAUGGUCGAGGAAUCGGUAGCCAUGGUAACCAGCCUGAACUAGUUCAUCAUGGAAUUUACAGGGAUUCAUAUUCAAAUCAUGGAGAAGAAAGCCAAGAUAAUAUUUCUACUGGUCUAAACGUAUGUGUUGAUUCUGAUCCUUUGGAAUCCAAUAUAGUUGUUCAUAGAACCCUCUCUGAUGGACAGGCCCCUAUCAUUACAAGUUUGUCAGACACCCUUGAUGCUGCAUGGACUGGGGAAAAUAACCCAGAUAUUGGAAUACCGAAGGAAAAUACUUUCGUAUGUCCUGAACCUGCUGUGUCAGAUUCUUCAUCCAUCAUGGUAUUGGCAGAAAAGUUGGACAUGGAAGGAGACCAGGAUGGGCCCAAGGCAUCCCAUUUUCCGCCUGUGUUACCCACUAAAAGCUCAGAUAACAUGGAAGACUUUGCGAGCUGGCUGGGAAUGCCCUUUAUAAACUUCUAUCGCUCAUUGAACAAAAACCUUUUAGGCAGUGUGCAGAAAUUGGGUACACUUGGGGAGUAUAACCCGGUCUUUAUUUCAUCAUUUCUUGAGUCGGAACUCCAAGGAGGGGCUAGGUUGCUCCUGCCUGUGGGUGUCAAUGACAUGGUUGUCCCAGUCUAUGAUGAUGAGCCCACAAGUAUCAUAUCCUACGCACUGGCUUCUCCUGGUUAUCUUGUUCAACUAUCUGAUGAGCCUGAAAGGCAAAACGACAGUAGCGAUUCUACAUACCCAAUGCAGUUGCUUGAUUUGGGGAACUUCCAGUCCUUCUAUUCGCAUGAUGACAUGGUAUUGGAAUCAUACAGAAGUCUUGGAUCUAUAGAUGAUAGCAUCUUAUCUAUGUCUGGGUCUCGUACCUCCCUGGUUCUGGAUCCAGUUUCAUAUAUUAUGAAGGCUUCGCAUGCUAGAGUUUCUUUUGCAGAUGAUGGACCCCUUGGUAAGGUAAAAUAUGCAGUGACUUGUUACUUUGCAAAGCGGUUUGACGCCUUGAGGAGAAUUUGUUGCCCAUCUGAGGUGGAUUUCAUAAGGUCUCUUAGUCGUUGUAAGAAGUGGGGAGCCCAAGGUGGCAAGAGCAACGUCUUCUUUGCGAAAACCCUAGAUGAUCGGUUUAUCAUCAAACAGGUUACAAAGACAGAGCUGGAAUCAUUCAUAAAGUUUGCUCCCGAAUACUUUAAAUAUCUAUCUGAAUCAAUUAGCACUGGAAGCCCGACAUGCCUGGCAAAGAUUCUUGGGAUUUAUCAGGUCACAUCAAAGCAUCUUAAGGGAGGAAAGGAAACAAAAAUGGAUGUGCUAGUCAUGGAGAAUCUUCUGUUUGGAAGAAAUCUUACAAGGCUUUAUGAUCUCAAAGGAUCUUCCAGAUCACGGUAUAAUGCCGAUUCUAGUGGAAAUAAUAAGGUUCUCCUGGACCAGAAUUUAAUUGAAGCAAUGCCAACUUCUCCUAUAUUUGUUGGAAACAAGGCAAAGCGAUUGUUGGAAAGAGCUGUCUGGAAUGAUACCGCUUUUCUUGCUUCGAUUGAUGUGAUGGAUUAUUCGUUACUUGUUGGGGUGGAUGAAGAGAAGCAUGAACUUGUUCUUGGGAUUAUUGACUUCAUGAGGCAGUAUACAUGGGACAAGCACCUUGAGACUUGGGUGAAGGCUUCUGGCAUCCUCGGUGGACCUAAGAAUGCGUCUCCAACAGUAAUCUCACCCAAGCAAUACAAGAAGAGGUUCAGAAAAGCCAUGAGUACCUAUUUUCUGAUGGUCCCAGAUCAGUGGUCACCACCGACUAUUAUUCCAUAUAAGUCUCAGACUGAUUUAUGUGAAGAGGAUACUCAAGGUGGGACCAUGGCCGAGUGAUACUGUAAAUCUGUUUGAUUGUACAUGUUGGAACUUUAAUUUGCAAAUUAGUCAUCCCCCGUCAGUUUUCCAUUGACCAUAUAACAUUUAUUUCUUUUUCCCUCUUCGAUCCUCCCCCUCUUUCCUUUUGUCAAUUAUUUUUGGAUAGCUUUCCAUUGUAUUCUAGCAGAAAUUAGAAAUUCAUGAUUGUUUGGCGGAAGAUGCAGAAAAAGGCAAUUAAAGCCAUGAAAAUAUCUUAGGGGUACAAGUAUUAGGUGAUCUCCCCAAGAAGAUUUUGUACAAACUUUUUUUCUUGUAUUAAGCAUUUCAAUAUGUAUAUGAAUUACAGAAAUGCAAUUACAUUUAUUUUUUGGUUUGAUAUCUGACAUUUUGGAGCAGCA